AUGAAUUGUGACUUGUGCAUUCUUCUCUCCUACAUGUUGCGCAUGCUCUGUCAAUAUGAUUCAAAGCUUGCUGAACAGUAUGGAACCGGAAACAAAGUACCUGUCACUCUUGAUCAAAGACCCCUGGAAACCAAACAGAACACACUCAACGGAAAUGUAGAAAACUUCAAAUGGAGCUAUGGCGGAUCGACAGGCCCGGAUCAUUGGCCUGAGUAUUUUCCCCAGUGCGCUGGCAGACGACAGUCUCCAAUUCACAUCAGGACCGCGGACAUCCAUCAUGUCACGUGGCUCCCAGAAUUCCAGUUCAUCAACUAUGAGAAAUUAAGCGGAGACGGAAUGCAGCCAGCUUUUCUACAUCUCAGGAACAACGGACACACAGCUAGCAUGGCGAUUGAUGACGAAAUUUACCUUCGUGGUUCGAAUUUGGGUGAACUGUACCGAGCAGUGGAGAUUCAUUUCCAUUGGGGUCCAGAAAACAACAUUGGCUCGGAACACGUUCUCGACAACCAUCACCAUCCCCUAGAGGUUCACAUCGUCCAUUACAAUACAAAAUACGCCACACUUGCUGAAGCAAAGAAGCAAUCAGACGGAUUGGCCGUGAUAGGAAUAUUUGCAGAUAUAUCGGAGGAAAAGAACCACGCAUUUGAACUGGUAGCCACAGCUCUCGAUCAAGUAACAGAAUACGACCAGAAAACAAUUGUAACCGGAUUAAGACCUAUUGAUAUGCUGCCAAACGACACCUCCAGAUAUUACCAUUACGCCGGAAGUAUGACCACGCCUCCCUGUUACGAGUCCGUUUCCUGGUACGUGAUGCAUGAUGGGAUAACUAUCACGCAGGAUCAGAUAAACCGACUCAGACAUCUAAAAGAACACGUGGAGGAAAAACACGGUCCACACCAACCUUGGCCCGUCAAAACUACCGGGAAAACAAAAAACCUAAACAGUACUGACAACAAUGCUGUUAAUUCACUAGAAACAACUGGUCAUCAUUCACCAAGCGCAAGUUACAUAAAAUACAAUUUCAGGCCUUGUCAACCUUUGAAUGGCCGGAAAGUUUACUGUAGCCAUCCUUCCAUGGUUAAACACAAGUCCCAUUCGUCAGAAUAUUCCGUAGCAGAUAUAGCCGUCAGCCAUCAUGUUUCUAACCUUGGAGAUCAUGACGUUUCCAAGGCUUUGCUGCAAGAUAAUGGUUUUCAUGGCUCUAUUGGGUCUAGCCUAUCCAAUCACCCCCAUGAAAGCCAUCUGCAUGGAACUGCAUUGGACACGCACUCACAUGAAAGUAAGUUGCCAGCGAAAAGAGUGGAAAUCAAUUUUGAUGGCCACAAAACGAAUCAACAUCAAAGUUCUCAAACGGAGACAACCAAAGCCGCCCAGCCAGGGUACAAUGGCAUCUCUGAGAAAAUGCUUCCAGAGGAACUAAAGGUCAUCUUCUCAAGGAAUCACAUUCCAAAUUUCAAAGAAAAACUAGAACCAAGGGAUAUUUACAAGAUAUUUGGGGAAAUUUUCAUUCGGCAGGCACAAAUUCUUACCGUUCAAAAGAAAUCUGACAAAGGAAAAAGGGUAAAUACACAACUUUUUAAAGAACCAGAAAUAAAAGAGUAUGCGAAUCCAGUAUAUUAUGUGCAAAAGAUUGAGACUGUCAGAAAUACUGAAAAGAAAAUACACCAUUCAUAUCCAAAGCGAAAUCCUCCAAAGCAAAAUAUGCAAAAAACACUGAAAGUAAUGAAUAAUACGGCUCUCAAAUCACCAAAUAGAAAGAAAGUUUCAAAUUUCAAUUUAGUCAACAGACAAAGAAGCGCUGGCAAGUCAUUCAACCUUGGUGCCGACCAUCGCAGUUCGUACAGCGCACGAAAAAGCAAUAAAAUGGUUAAUGGUGGAUUCCAUUUUUCUGUGCGUCAACCUGCAUAUCAACGAAAAAUCAACACACUUCGUUUUGAAAAACCAAAUAAAAGCCCAAUUCAAUAUCAGUCGAAUUCUCACAUAAACCAUCAAAGUUCUGUAAAGAGCACUCGUGUGAAAUCGGAAACGCCGAACUCUCGUAUGAAAUCGGAAAUACCGAACACUCACAUGAAAUCGAAAGGUUCGAACACUCGACUGAAACCAGAAACAUCAAGAGGAGAGGUGAAAAAAUUGAUCGAUUUAAUUUCCGAAAACCAUCUUGACGUCUUAGACAAUAAUUUUGAAAUAAACUCACAGAACAUGGUUUCUUCACACACUUCAUUGGCGCCUCAAGUGGAGGGCAGUGUAGGUUUCAGUGAGCGCAUGCCCCAACGUCCUUUACAGAGUCUGGUUUUAGAGGAAAUGGCUGUAUUUCCAGAGGCGGUCGGUUCGGGUUUAUCAAAUCAAAAGAGCGAUAUGAUGACAGAGAAAGAGCAAAGGAUGACAAAAAGUAUUCUAAUGGACCGCAUGACACAAUCAACUCCAGAGCCAUCUCUAGUAACUGAAGCAUUAGAAACCACACAGGGCCCGGCCUGGACAUCAAAACCAGAUAUGGUAUAUGACCAGAACCAAACUACAAAACCCAAAAUAACACAUGAAUCGAGCCAUCAGUCAAACACAAAAAUAACACAUGAACCGAUCCUUACUCGUGAUCCAGAAAUCGGUCAUGAACCGAUCCAUCAGUCAAACACAAAAAUGGUGCAUGAACCAAUCCUUACUCAUGAUCCAGAAAUCGGACAUGAAUCGAUCCAACAGUCAAACACAAAAAUAACAUAUGAACCGAUCCUUAUUCAUGAUCCAGAAAUCGGACAUGAACCAGUACAAAUAUCAGGAUCAGAGACUGUGCAUGAACCAGUAAAAUCGAUACAUGAACCAGUAAAAACGAAGCUUCGUUUUCCAAUUCAACGAGAAAGAAACACCACUACAAUUCCUAUUAGAGACUUUUUAGGUAGCCAUAAUAAUAUGCUUUCUAUCCUAACCGAGCCUCCGCCUAGAGAUGAGAAACCUUAUCUACCUUUAUGA